AUGACAAGGAACAUCCAGUGCAGAGAAAUGAUUGAAGAUGUUCAAAGACAAGUGGCUGGUCUGAGUUUCCAAGAUAAAAACUCAGGUGCUUUUAGUAGUAGCUACCCACCAGUUGGAAGCCAAAACCAAAGACCCAGUACACAACAAACAGAUCCUCGUCCCCAAACACCUUAUUAUCAACCACCUGAGCAGCCUCCGGUUUCUUCCUACGGACAUCCCCCUCCCUCAUAUGGUUCAGUAGCGCAUCAGCCUCCACCUCCAUACCACAUUCCACCAACAUCUGCCGCUCCAUACCAACCCCAUCAGGUUCAUCAGCAGGCACCAGCAGAGUAUGGCCAACCUGCAUAUCCUGGAUGGCGUGGUCCAUACUAUAAUGCGCCGGCUCAGCAACCUGGUUCUGUUCCCAGGCCUCCAUAUACCGUUCCAUCUCCAUACCCUCCACCUCAUCAAGGUGGAUACUAUAAGCAGCAAUAG